AUGUGUAAAGCCGGUUUUGCCGGUGAUGAUGCCCCCCGUGCUGUGUUCCCAUCUAUUGUUGGAAGACCAAGACACCAGGGUAUUAUGGUCGGUAUGGGUCAGAAAGACUCUUAUGUUGGUGAUGAGGCUCAAUCUAAGAGAGGUAUUUUGACUUUGAGAUACCCUAUUGAGCAUGGUAUCGUCACUAACUGGGAUGACAUGGAAAAGAUUUGGCACCACACUUUCUACAAUGAGUUGAGAGUUGCUCCUGAAGAACACCCAGUUUUGUUGACUGAGGCCCCAAUGAACCCUAAGUCUAACAGAGAGAAGAUGACCCAAAUCAUGUUCGAGACUUUCAACGUUCCUGCCUUCUACGUCAACAUUCAGGCUGUUUUGUCUUUGUACUCUUCUGGUAGAACCACCGGUAUUGUCUUGGAUUCUGGUGAUGGUGUUACUCACGUUGUUCCUAUUUACGCCGGUUUCUCUUUGCCUCAUGGUAUCUUGAGACUCGACUUGGCCGGAAGAGACUUGACCGACUACUUGAUGAAGAUCUUGUCUGAACGUGGAUACACCUUUUCGACUACCGCCGAAAGGGAAAUCGUCAGAGACAUUAAGGAGAAGUUGUGUUACGUUGCUUUAGAUUUCGAGCAAGAGAUGCACACUUCAUCUCAAUCGUCUGCUAUCGAGAAGUCUUAUGAAUUGCCAGACGGUCAGGUUAUUACUAUUGGUAAUGAGAGAUUUAGAGCCGCCGAGGCUUUGUUCCGCCCAUCGGAUUUGGCUUUGGAGGCCGCUGGUAUCGACCAGACCACUUACAACUCCAUUAUCAAGUGUGACGUCGAUGUUCGUAAGGAAUUGUAUGGCAACAUCGUUAUGUCUGGUGGUACUACUUUGUUCCCAGGUAUUGCAGAGCGUAUGCAGAAGGAAAUUACUGCUUUGGCUCCAUCCUCUAUGAAGGUUAAGAUCAUCGCUCCACCAGAGAGAAAGUACUCUGUCUGGAUUGGUGGUUCUAUUUUGGCCUCCUUGUCGACCUUCCAGCAGAUGUGGAUCUCAAAGCAGGAGUACGACGAGUCUGGACCAUCGAUUGUUCACCACAAGUGCUUCUAA